AUGAGUGACCCAACAAACCCGCAUAUCAAAGAGCGCAACACACCUCAAUGGGGUCUCUACCAGCGAGAGAACUUCAUGAAACAGAGAGAAGGAACGACACCACUUUUCAACACUGACCCCCGGAAACUGGAAGAAAGAGCCAAAGAGAAGCUGACCGAGGGCGGCUGGUACUAUGCCUCCUCAAACGCCGGGAUGUCAAACACGCACCUCGUAAACCGACAAGCCUUCUACCGCCACCGACUAAUCCCGAACCAAUUAAUCGACACAAACAACCGGUCAACAAGAACAACAAUCUUCGACCACAACGUCUCCGCACCAAUUGGCUUCGCCCCGAUCGGAAUCAACAAGAUCUACCACCCAACCGGCGAAGCAGCAGUCGCCAAAGUCGCCAAAGAGCUCAACCUCCCCUACUGCCUAUCCACAGCAGGCAGCACCUCGAUCGAGAAAGUCGCCGCAGCCAACGGGCCAACAGGCACCCGGUUUUACCAACUGUACAUGCCGCACGACGACGAGCUAACCGUAUCUCUGCUCACACGGGCAUGGGAAAACGGCUUCGACGCGCUGAUUCUCACGACGGAUACGUGGCAGCUCGGAUGGCGACACGACGACGUCGCGACGUCCAACUAUGCAUUCUACCGCGGGUUCGGCGCGGACUUGGGACUUACGGACCCAGUGUUCCGGAGCAGGUGUCUUGCGGACGGGAUUGAUCCCGAUGUCGAUAUUGUCGAGGCGUCGACGAAGUGGAUUGAUUCGGUUUGGCAUGGGCAGGCUUGGUCGUGGGAGAAGAUCCCUUGGUUGAUGAAGACUUGGAAGGAGAUUAGUGGGGGGCGGCCGUUUGUGAUUAAGGGCAUUCAGUCGGUUGCUGAUGCGAGGGGGUGUGUGGAACUUGGGGUUGAUGGGAUUAUCGUGAGUAACCAUGCUGGGAGGCAGGUUGAUGGGGCUGUUGCUAGCCUUGAUGCGCUUGAGAAGAUUGCUCAGGCUGUUGGGGAUAGGAUUUAUGUUAUGUUUGAUUCUGGGGUUAGGGGCGCGAGUGAUGUUGUCAAGGCGUUGGCGUUGGGGGCGCGGUUUGUGUUUAUUGGACGGCUUUGGGUUUGGGGGUUGAGUAUUCAGGGUGAGGAUGGGGUCAGACAUGUUAUGAAGUCGUUGCUGGCGGAUUUGGAUAUUUUGAUGGGUGUUGCUGGGUACAACGGGGUUCAGGAUUUCAACCUAGAUAUUCUUGAGUCGGAUCCGAAGAACUACACGCUCAUCCCAGAGAAGACUUUGUGA